AUGACGGGGUGCGGGAGCGGGCUGCAGAGGAGGGGUGGGAUGGUGCAGGGCUGCAGGGGGGCCUCAAGGGGGUGGAAUCGGGGAUGUGGGGUCCGCCUUCUGCUCUCUGGGAACAGAGGGUGUGCGGCGGGGUCACGGGGGUACUGGCGGUCUGGAGGGUUGUCCCUUCAUGUGAGGAUUCUAGACGCCAAGGAGAGUUCUGGCCAAAGGAGGGACACAAUCUCCGUUUGGGAUCUAAAAAGUUUCCCAAAGGCGGUUCAAAGGAAGAGCGGGCCAGACGGGAGUGAUGAGGACAUUGAGGCAUCGGGAGCCUCUCUGCGCAGUUUCCCGUUGCGGCAGAAGCGCUGUGGACCUUACUCAGGUCAUUGGGGGGUAUUUCAGCCCUUCGCUGGCCCUGACCCCCCACCUCCAUAUUCUCUGGAUGUGGUGUCCUGGGGCUCUCAAGUGUCAUUCCCCCCAGGCUUGGGUCUGGGGGCCCUGGGGAAAACCCCAGCAGAGGAUCCUAAGUCCUUGUUGGCCUUUAUAGUGGAGAGCAGACUGUGGGACCGAAGCAGCAGGAGGGAAGAUGGGGCUGCAGGAUAUGCCAACGUCCAGGCGAAGGGCACUGUGACCUUUGAGGAUGUGGCCGUGUACUUCUCCGGGGAGGAAUGGGGUCUCCUUGAGGAGGCUCAGAGACGCCUGUACCAGGAUGUGAUGCUGGAGAACUUGGCACUUGUAACCUCCCUGGGUAAGCAGCAGCAGAAGGAGCACACUGGAGAUCAGCCCUUCAGAAGCAGCGCGAGUGGAGCUUCGGUGGCAAAGAGCUGCAGACGGCAUGUGUCAGGGAAGCCCUUCAUCUGUGGGGAGACUGAGAAGGACUUCCUGGUCAGCUCGGGAUUCCUCCAGCAACAGGCCACACACACUGGGGAGAAGUCAAACAAUGGAACUGAGUGUGGGGCAGCCUUCCACAAGGGAAAAACUCAACACCACUGGGGAGACUGCACAGAAGCUCUCAGCAACCAACACACAUUUGUUCAUCACCAGAGAGUCCUCCCCGGGGAAAGAUGUUACAUGUGCAGUGAGUGUGGGAAAUCUUUUAGCCAUAACUCUAGCCUCAUUAAACACCAGAGAGUUCACACCGGAGAAAGGCCUUAUGCGUGUGGGGAAUGUGGGAAAUCCUUUAGCCAAAGCUCCAACCUCUUUCAACAUCGGAGAGUUCACACUGGAGAAAGGCCCUAUGAGUGCAGUGAAUGUGGGAAAUCUUUUAGCCAAAGUUACAGCCUGAAUAACCAUCGGAAAGUUCAUACCGGAGAAAGGCCUUUUGAGUGUGGAGAAUGUGGCAAAUCAUUUAGUCAAAGAUCCAACCUCAUUCAGCAUCGGAGAAUUCACACUGGAGAAAAGCCUUAUGAGUGCAGUGAAUGUGGGAAGUCCUUUAAUCAAAGCUCUGCACUCCUGCAACACCAUACUGUUCACACUGGAGAAAGACCCUAUGAGUGCAGUGAAUGUGGGAAAUCCUUUACCUACAGUUCCAGUCUAUUAAAACACCAGAAAGUCCACACUGGAGCAAAGCCUUAUGAGUGUAGUGAAUGUAGGAAAUCUUUUAGCCAGAAUUGCAGCCUUGUUCUACAUCUGAGAGUUCACACUGGAGAAAGGCCUUAUGAGUGCAGCAAAUGUGGGAAAUCUUUUAGCCAAAGCUCUGCGCUCCUCAAACACCAGAGAGUUCACACUGGAGAAAGGCCAUAUGAGUGCCGUGAAUGUGGGAAGUCCUUUAGGCGAAGCUCCAACUUCAGUGACCAUCGAAGGGUUCACACUGGAGAAAGGCCAUAUAAGUGCAACCAGUGUGAGAAAUCCUUUAGUAAAAGCUCUGGCCUCACUCGACACCAGAGAGUUCAUACUGGAUUGGGCCUUAUGAGUGUCUUGAAUGAGAAAGCCAUUAGCCAAAGGCCUUACCUCAUUGAUUACCACAAAGUGCACAUGGCAAAAACAACUUAGUUGUGUAGCAAAUGUGUUUCCUUGUUCAGUGUAACAGCACUCAAGGCAAUCUCUUUUGAGGGUGCCAUCUGCCUGUUGAGCCUCAUGCAUCCAGACAUCAGAAUAAAUGGCAGGUAUGUGGGAGCUGCAUUGCAUGUUUCAGCGUAGGUCCGUGUCAGGUUUUUAUUACUGUUGAUUCUGUAGCAGCAGCCAUUCACCUCUGCCACAUGGCAGGUGCCACACGUGUAUCAUUUCUCCAUCUUGACAUGUUCAGAGAAGUAAACCUUCCUGUUUUCCCAUUUGUGGUAAAUAUGUGAGAAGCCAAAGUACUCAUUCCUUUCUGUCUGAUGACCCAGUUGUGGUCCAGAGGACUCCAUCUGACUUUCCAAGUCACUUUUUUAGGGAUGUUGUUGGUCUGGGGACUCUUGUGGAAUUUUUAGCCUCCAAGUCACCAACCCAGGAACAGCCUGCCUCCGUCAUUCUGGUUUGUGCUAUAACAAAGGCCUUAUUGUUUGAGUCGCCUUUAUCUUGAGGGUUAGACUCACUCUUAUGGGGUGGUUUCAGAACAGUGGAAUGUUUGUGCACUUCAGGGGGAUGGGAUGAUGGUAGUCCUCUCUCUAGUUUGGUCCUUGUUUGCAUUGCUGCCCAAGGCCUGUAAGGAAAUUAUGUCAGGUUUUGUGGCUGAAUUGUAGCCUAGAUACAGGACAUUUUGUGGUGUUGGAGCUCACCCUGAAGAGGGGGCAGUUGUGACAACCUCUGGUACUUCUUGGAACCACAUAAAAUUGUUCUCUGCUUUGCAGGAGAUACUGUAUUGUGUUCAGCACUGGUGCAGGAACUCUGUACCCAGGUCCUGCAAAUGAGUGAUGUACCCUGAUGUCCAGAAUUCUGUGUGGUAGUGUCACUGGCUGAAAGACUAUGGGGAAAUUAUCAUUGUAUACAAACAGUGGGUAAAUAGAAGAGUGCAAGAGACUGCAACAUCUGGUUGGAAUGAGCCUCUUUUAAAAGGGCACCUGCCAUUGUUCCAGGGGCGCCUGGGUGGCUCAGUCAGUUAAGCGUCUGACUCUUGAUUUCGGCUCAGGUCAUGAUUUCAUGGUUCAUGAGAUUGAGCCCCGUGUCAGGCUGUGUGCUGACAGCAGGGAGCCUGCUUGGGAUUCUCUCUCUCUCUCUUUCUCUCAAAAACAAAAACAAAAAGAUGAAAAAAUAAAAGGGUGCCUGCCAUCAUUCCAGUUGGUAAGGCUGUGAAGGAUGAACAGGAACAGAAAUUCUCAGAUCCUCCCCGGGUAGGAGCACCUGGGUGGCUGAGUCAGUUAAGCGUCCAACUCUUGGUUUCUGCUUAGGUCAUGAUCUCGUGGUUCGUGGGUUCAAGCUCUGCACUGGGCUCUGUGUUGCUGGUGCAGAGCCUGUUUGAGAUUCUCUCUCCUCUCUCUCUGCCCUUCUGUGCCCUCUCAAAAUAGAUAAACUUAAAAAAAAAAAUUCUCAGAUCCUCCUGAACUAUGAGUCUUGUGUAGCUGAGGGCCUUGUCAGAAAAUAAUCUAAUGGUUUUACAGAUUCCUGUAGUUUGUCUGCAUUGUUCACCUUAAGGCCAUUGCUGCACAGGAGGGAAAACAAGAAUAGAAAGAAGGAAGAUCUCAGUCCAGCAUUGUGGGCUUUGGUACCCAGCCUGCAUUCCCGAUCACUCAGGUAGAAAUGGCUUUCAUUGCUCACUUAUAUAUGUUGCCACUGAGGCAAGGUGCUGAUCCCAAGGCAUUACAAGGGAUAUGAUGGGGUCAAUAUAGGUUGGCCAAAUUUUAUUUUUGGAAAACAGAAAGAAAUUUUUUUAUUAUACUGUUAAUGCCUUUUAGGUAUGGUUAAUAAACAAUUGUCCAUAUUUAAAGUGUACCAUUUGGUAAGUUUUGAUAUUCAUAUAAACCCAUGAAACCAUCAUCACAAUCAUAACAUUGUACAUAUGCAUCACUCCAUAUUCAUUCAUGUCCUUUAAUUAUCUCUCUCUCUCUCCUCCAGGCAAACAUUGGUUUUUACUUUCUUUUACAAUAGAUUCAUUUGUAUUUUCUGUAUUUUAUGUGAUUGAGAAUAAAAUGUUUAAAUUUUUUCCUCUGGGUGUCCUCAUUUGGUAUAUUUAUUUUGAGAUUUGUCAGUGGGUCUGUGUAAUUAGUUUUUUCUUUUAAGGGUCAAGAAAUGUAAUGUUCAGUGGACAAACCACUAUUUCUUUAUUCAUUCAUCUGUUUUAGAUAUUUGAGUUGUUUCCAGUUUUUGGCUUUAUCGGUUGUUAUAGACAUUUGUUUGAUUCUUACAGUUAUGAUUCUUUAUACAGUAUGUUUCAUUUCUCUUGUGAUAACACCUCAGAAUGCAAUGUAUGAGUUACAGGGCUGUGAUUUUGGGGCUGUUAAAUGUGGUCAUUCUCAGGAGAACUCCUAAGUGUUAGCUCCCGAUGAAAAGAUGUGUUAGUUAUGGGCUGAAUUGUAUGCUCCAAAGUUCAUGUUGAAGUCCUAACUUCCAAUACCUCAGAAUGUCAUUGUAUUUGGAAAUAGGUCUUUUAAAAAGUAAAAUAAAGGCAAUACGUGGA